AUGUUGGCGUCAACGACUCUACUCCUGUGGGGAGUUGCAUUGAUACUGCUACUCUACAGCUUGCUCCGACCACUAACCAGUCGUCCGGGGAAAAACUUUCCACCCGGGCCACCCGGUUUGUUUCCGUUUCUGGCCGAUUAUGGACUGCUACUCUUGAUCAACUAUCGACACCUGCACAAAGCGGCCCUCACGUUAGGUGAUUUCUAUCGCACGAAAAUACUUGGCAUCUCGCUCAAAAACUUCCCCUCGGUCGUGGUGAACGAUCUGGCGGUGGCGAAAGAGGUGCUGAAUCGUAAAGUGUUCGACGGCCGGCCGGAUCUGUAUCUUGCCCGGUUGCGCGACAAGAACUUUGAACGGCGCGGAAUAUUCUUCACCGAUGGACCGAACUGGAAGGAGCAGCGUUGGUUCAUACUGCGGUAUCUGCGUGAUUACGGGUUUGGGCGACGGUUUCCUCAGCACGAGGCAGAAGUGAACAGUGAGCUACUGAUUUUGAUCGAUCUGCUACGGUACGGACCGAAGCAUGAGCAUGAGAACGCGAUCAUGCGCGAUGGUUACGUCAAGUGUCCAAACGUACUCUUUAGCUGUUUUGCAAACGCAUUCCUGCAGAUUGUGUCCGGCGAGCGAUUGUCCCGCGAGGAAACCGGUGUACUAUACGAAACCGGCUCGAAUGCGAUGAUCUUCCAACGGAACGGGGAUGACUAUGGAACCAUUUUCAGCUACUUUCCAUCGCUUCGUUACAUCUAUCCCUUCUCGCGCAAAUUUAAUAUAAUCCGCAAAGCUAGUCUCAAUGUGAACGGGUUCAUCGAGACGAUCAUCGAUAAAUAUUUGCGUACGUUUGACGAAAACCAUGUGCGUUGCUUCUUGGAUCUGUACUUCCGCGAGAUGGUAAAAUGCACUCCGCAGGCACCAAACUUUACCUUCCAGCACGAUCAGUUGGUGCUCGGUUUGGUUGAUUUCUUCUUUCCCGCCAUCUCCGGCGCCACCACACAGGUAGCAAUGCUGCUGGAGCGUUUGCUUCAUAAUCCGCACGUUGUGCAGCGGAUGCAGCGCGAAAUAGAUGAAGUCGUGGGCCACGGACGGUUGCCCACCUUGGACGAUCGUAGCCAGCUAUCGUACACCGAGGCAACCCUACGAGAAGCGAUGCGUAUCGAUACGCUCGUACCAUCGGGGAUUGCUCACCGAGCACAGGAACAAACGACCCUGCGUGGUUACGAAAUACCGCAGGACACGAUUGUUCUCAUAGGACUGGAUGCGAUUCACAACCAGAAGGAAUACUGGGGCGAUCCAGAAUGCUUCCGCCCGGAGCGAUUCCUUGACGAUAAUGGCAAACUGUGUUUGGCGAAGGAUCUUUCGGUACCGUUCGGUGCUGGUAAACGAUUGUGUGCCGGCGAAACAUUCGCGCGGAACAUUAUGUUUUUAACGUUGGCAGCUUUGAUGCAGAACUUUAAUAUACGCCAGCCUCCGAAUGCCCAGUUGCCGGAUUUGAGUAAACGAAACACAGGUGUUAUAAUCGCACCGGAAGAUUAUUGGUUACGGUUUGAGCCACGAUGA